ACCUAAAGAAAGCUACAUCUCUUUUUCUGUCACUCCACUCUCCACUCUCCACAUUCAACAACAAACACUUGCUCAUCUUCAUUCAUCCUCUUCAACAUUCAUCCUCAUCAAUGAAUUUCACGCUUCAAAAACCCUUUCACUUCCUAAAUUCACUCCUAACGAUCCUAUACAUUUCGCAGUUAUGCGAUUCAUACUCUAAUUCACACUCUACACCCUUAAAUUGCACUGAAACAUCUCGUGAAUGCACUGCGUUUAUCGCUUUCAAACCCACACCAAACCAAACCCUAACUGUACUCAUGAGCAUGUUCGAUGUGUCACCGGAAGCCCUCACAGUUGACGGUAACGGUAACGUGUUCGUUAAGAAGAAUUGUUCGUGUGCGCGUUCACCACUAGUUGUUGUUAACAAUACUAAUACGAAUACUAGUAAUGUGUAUUUGACGAGUACGACGUAUACUGUGAGAGAGAACGGUGAGGAUCUGUACGGUAUGGUGGUGGAUGCGUACGGAGGGUUAGGGUAUUUGGGGAAUUUUACGCGAUCGGCGCGUAUCGGGGCGGUGGUGUCGUUGCGGUUGCUUUGUGGUUGUUCGAGUGGGUUGUGGAAUUAUUUGAUGAGUUAUGUGAUGGAGGAUGGGGAUAGUGUCGAGUUGUUGGCGAGUCGGUUUGGUGUUAGUAUGGAUAGUAUUGAGGUUGUUAAUGGGAUCAGUGAUUCCGAUAAUGUUACCGUUGGCCGGGUUUAUUACAUACCUUUGAAUUCUGUUCCCGGUGAGCCGUAUCCUGUAGAGAACAUCACUCCAGCUCCAGCUCCAGCUCCAGCUCCGCUGUUUGUUACCGACGUUGCAGUAAAUCAAGACAAGUAUAAGGCUCGUGUACCAUACCUAUGGAUCAUAGGAAGCUUGGGGGUUUGUUUGUCACUAAUCGUAGCAGUCGUAGGUUUUUUUAUCUGUUCAAGAUCAUCGGUUUGCUUUGAUGAUUCCCCACGGAGUCAUGCAAAGGAUCCAGAAGUUGAAAAAGUUUCUCAUAAGUUUCGUGUCUUAAGGGCAACGAGCUUUUGUUUUAGUUCAAGAAAAUUCAGCAGUGAAUCGGAUAAUUGGAGAGAAAAUAUCGGGGAAUCUAGUGGCCGUCAUACGAGUAUUCCAAAAGUUAUCGGGACCGGUGUGUUUGACAUUGAAAAGCCUGUUGUCUUUUUAUAUGAAGAAUUAUAUACAGCUACGGAUUGCUUCUCUGAAUCGAAUCUUCUUGGACAUGGAACAUACGGUGUUGUGUACUACGGGUUACUUCGUGAUCAGGAAGUUGCUAUCAAAAGAAUGACCGAUACAAAAACUAAGGAGUUCAUGGCUGAAAUGAAAGUUUUGUGCAAGGUUCAUCAUACAAAUUUGGUAGAACUGAUUGGUUAUGCUGCUACGGAUGAUGAGCUGUUCCUCAUUUAUGAAUACGCUCAAAAAGGUUCCCUUAAGAGUCACCUGCAUGAUCCUCAAAACAAAGGUCAUACAACACUUUCUUGGAUCAUGAGGGUUCAAAUUGCGCUCGACACCGCAAGGGGAUUGGAAUAUAUACAUGAACAUACAAAACCUCAUUAUGUACAUCGUGAUGUCAAAACAAGCAAUAUUUUACUUGAUGAUGCCUUCAAAGCCAAGAUAUCGGACUUCGGGUUGGCAAAACUUGUUGGAAGAAGCAAUGACGGUGAAGCUUCCGUGACAAGAGUGGUGGGAACUUACGGUUACUUAGCUCCAGAAUACCUUAGGGAUGGUUUAGCGACAGCUAAGAGUGAUGUAUACGCCUUUGGUGUUAUUCUUUUUGAGAUAAUAUCAGGAAAAGAUGCCAUAAUACGAACCGAAGCUGGUGUAACAAAGAAUUCUGAAAGACGGACUUUGGCAUCUGUUAUGAUGGCACUUCUUAAAAACGCUUCUGAGUCAAUCAGUACAUCAAGCUUAAAAGAUCACAUCGACCCAAAUUUGAUGGAUUUAUAUCCUCACGACUGUGUUUUCAAGAUGGCCAUGCUGGCAAAGCAAUGUGUGGAGGAUGACCCGAUAUUGAGACCCGACAUGAAACAAGUGGUUAUUACACUUUCACAUAUUCUUUUGUCAUCUGUGGAAUGGGAAGCUACUCUUGCUGGAAAUAGUCAGGUGUUCAGUGGUCUUGUUCAAGGUAGAUAAUGAUGUUUUUCUCUUAUCUAAUUAUUCGUUUAACCGGAUCUAUUCUAUUACUCGAGUUUGCUUAGAUUUUGCGGUUAAUAUGCUAGUAGAACCGCCAUGUAUAAGCGUGUGUAUAGUUGUUUAGAUUGUUCACCUGAGUGUUAAUAGGAUUUCGUAGGCUUUAAUACAUCAUUUGUUUAAUAAUCUGUUUUUCUAGUU